AUGGGAUACCUCAUUAAGAUCGUGAUGUUACGUGCAAAAAAAGCGACUAGGGUUGCAGCCGGCUGCCCUUUUCUUUGUUUUGGUAUAUUUUUCUCUAGUUCGUCAAGUAUGGAAUAUUGCUCUGAUGAUGUCUGUCACGGCGGUACAAAUGAAAGCUUAGCACAGUUUCAUCAGGCUCGCGAGACGGUGAACCGAGGACUUCUUCGCACAAUUCAACAGUCUUCCCUACGCGGCAAUCCUCCUUCGGUUUCCCGUAAGACCACAUCAGGAAUUCCUUCCAACCAACUUUCCCCUUAA